AUGUUGAAGCCACAAAAUUCAACAAGAAGAGAAAGCAAGGGUUAAGAUGGAAGGGAAAGUUGGAAUCUUAUGUAGACAGAUAUUGUCAGGAGAGGAGCAAGAAGGUUGGAGGUUACACAGUUAGGCACACUAAUGAUGGUGAGGCUGAGGUGGAGAAUGAAUAUGAAAAGAGGACCAUCAAUGUGGCAGAUCAUACAUGUAGCUGUAAGAAGUGGCAAAUUACAGGGUUGCUAUGUAUACACGUGGCUCAUUAUAUUGGAUCCAUAAGAAAUGAAGAUUGGCCAUCAUAUUGUGACAACUACUACAGUGUGGAUAGAUACAGGGUGGCUUAUGCAGAAUAAAUUGGAGUUCUACCAUCACAGAACCAAUAGGAACCAUUUAUGAAGGAUUUUACAAUAACUCUUCCACAUACAAAGAGACCAAGGGGAAGGCCAAACAAAAAGAGGAUAAGGGGAAAAGGUGAAAAUGAUCUUGGAAGGGCUAGAGCAUCACAAGUUAGCAAGAGAGUGCACAGAUGCACAAGAUGCAGAGGACUAGGCCAUGACAAGAAGUCUUGCAAAAAUCCUAUAAAUGCAGCAGAUGGCAGUACUCAAGAAGCUAAUACAACAAGCCAUGUUAAUGAACAUAUCAUUACUGGAAGUAGCCAAGGUGUACAACAACACCACAAUGAAUCAUUUGGAACAAGUGUUGGUGGAUCAACUAAUAUCAAGUCAAAACUACAUGCUAUUAGAGGGAGGGGAAGGGGUACUGUUGUUAGGGGAAGGGGUACUGCUGUUAGAGGAAAGAGUAUUGCUGUUAGAGGAAGAGGAAAGGGUAUGCAUCUAACUUCAACUACAACAUGGAGCACACCACACCCAUCUACACCACCAUGUUCAUCUCAACCAUCUGCAACUUGGAGUCCACCACAACCACCAUCUCACAAUUCACCCCUCUCACAAGAAGAACAAGCACAACAACAAGCUAGCCAAAGUACUCAAGCAUCAGGAUCUGGAGCAUUUGGCAAUGUGAGGUUGGUAUUGAACUUUGUCGUCUUGUACAUGAUCAUGUAAUUUUUUUGAUAUGAUGACUAGAAGUGUAUUUUGUGAGCUUUCUUACUAUAUAUGUUACUAUGUGUACAUGAUAUUUUGACUAAUUUUGGAUUGUGUACACCAUGUAAUAUCUAUUAACAGUUAUGUAUAAUAGUUAAAAACCACGUUUUAGUUUGUA